AUGCUUGUUCACCAUGAAGAUGUGAGAUCUCACUGGCGACGAAGGAAGUUUGUAUGCAACCUAGCAGCCUGUUGCUCAGCCACACUCAAAACUGAAACCCUCCAAGGGUCCUGUGCUUGCGGCGUGGACGUCACGUUUCUUGAGAGGUCGAGGCAAAGAAUCCGCUUCGCCUGCUGCGGCGCAGCAAAGGAGGAAUCCGAGCAAAAUCUGCUUUUCCUGCAUUUGUUGGUCCUCUGCCAGGGAGACGCACGAGUUCCUAGUCCCCAGCGGCACUGCGUUGGGCUCGAGUGCGCUCGUCUCCACGUCCGUGUUAAUUCCCUGGAAGGCGAGACAAGAGUGUCGCCGGAAACGCUGCUCGAGAAUCUAGUCACGGAGAACCGUCUCGUUGGCGGUCAUGCGGGAUCAGUGCCCUAA